AUGACGAGCCCGAGCUCGACGACGACGAUCCAAGCGACCACGAGCGCUUGCCGCCUGGACGCCGUUGACGAUACCUACUUGGGCACGCGCCAGCUCGGCGCCCGUCGACGUCGACGACUCUGUCGCAAGGCCUCGUUGUUCAAGCGGCACGGCACGCGCUGUCGCCCGCGCGUGUCGUCGAAGAUGCGAUCGCGCCUGCCAUGCCUCUCGGCGUCGGCCACGGACGUCAAGGCCAAGACGGUCGUCAAGAAGCCCCACACGAUCAAGCUUUGUUACAGCAGCAAGACUGGUCUCGUGCGCGUCUUCUCUGGCGAUGCGCUUCUCCGGCGCGCCUGCUUGUCAACGGACCUCGCCCCGCUGCUCGCCCAAGCCUGA